AUCGCCUCUCUCUCUCUCUUCUCUUCUCUUCUCCCUCUCUCUCUCUUUCUCCUCCGUCUCCCGCUCAUUCUUCUUGCCUCUACGAUACCGCUACCGCUGCUAGGCCAAACCACCCGCCCAACAUGUCGUCGUAUCUGGAGAAGCAGUCGUCAGUCUUCCGAGGCAGCCUCGCCUCGGCCGCGUCCAAGCUAUCGAACCCUUCGAGCAUCAAAGCCGCGGCUGCGUCUCUCGCUCCGCCAUCGCCAUCGCCAUCCGCCGCGUCCGACAGCAACACGCCGACGGCCAAGAGGAAGCGCGAUGCGGCGCCCGACGUGCCGUUUUCGCAGCCGCAGCUGACGGGCUACGGCGCCGAGGUCAAGACGCAGAUGACGUUUGCCGUCGAGUACCUGAAGAAGAAGGGCGACGCCAAGACGAUCCAGGACAUCAUCGACCACCUGAGCCUGAGGAACUACACGGAGGAGCACAAGAAGGAGCUGACGGAGGGGCUGCGGCGGCACCCGCGGGUGGAGUGGAGGCCGGACCCGAGCCUGAGCGAGCAGACGUGGAAGACGGGCACGUACAAGCACCGGCCCAUCAUCCCGGGGGUCAAGGACGCGACGUCGCUGCUGGCGCACCUGCAGCGCAAGACGGACGCCUCGGGGGUGUCGGUCAAGGACCUCAAGGACGGCUGGCCCGACUGCGAGGAGACGCUGGCGAAGCUGGAGCGGGAGCACAAGGUGCUGGUGGUGCGCACGAAAAAGGACAACUUCCCGCGCUACGUCUGGGCCGACGACCCGUCGCUGCACCACAAGGUAGAGCCCGAGUUCCAGGCCAUGUGGCGCCGCGUGCAGCUGCCCAGCCUCGAGGACAUGCACCGCAAGCUGGUAAGCGUCGGGCAGAAGCCGACGAGCGACGACCCGCGCAAGGCCGUGGCGGCGGCGGCCAAGCCCAAGCAGCAGAAGAAGAGGGCCGGCAAGCGCAUCGGCAAGGCGACCAACACGCACAUGACGCACCUGCUCAACGACUACAGCGGCAUGAGGCGGUGAUUGGGGGCGAGCGGGGGAAGUGGUGUGAAACGUUGACUCGGAUCAGCGAGGCAAACGGUGUGAGCCGUUUGAAAGAACCCGCCAGGACUCGUCUAGGGAGAUGUCCCGCGAUUUAAUUUGUCCUUUCGUCAUUAUGAUAGUAGGGGGAUUACGGCUGCACGACAAAAAGAGAACCCCCACACACAACACACAGAUUGGCUUUGUUUGUAUUUGGUUGGGCAGGAUGGAAAGGUACUAGAAUCGGCGUUAAGGGGAGUUUUUGCAACGGCGUUUUGAUACAGUCAAGGACAAGAAGUGAGAAACACAAAAAAAACCAUCAGCUGAGAGGUAUCAACAGCUACCCACGAGGGGGUG